AUGUCGCUGCCCGUCUCGGAUGUUUUCCCUGCCGGGGCAGCCAGGGAGACGCGUCGGCGAGUGCUGCUCCUUCCCAAGGCGACCUAUCCAGGCCCGCGCACCAGGAAGCUGAAGAAGAAGAAGAGCGAGAAGGAGGACAAGCGGCCGCGCACCGCCUUCACGGCCGAGCAGCUGCAGCGGCUCAAGGCGGAGUUUCAGGCCAACCGGUACAUCACGGAGCAGCGGCGGCAGCGCCUGGCCCAGGAGCUCAGCCUCAACGAGUCGCAGAUCAAGAUCUGGUUCCAGAACAAGCGCGCCAAGAUCAAGAAAGCGACGGGCAUCAAGAACGGGCUGGCGCUGCACCUCAUGGCCCAGGGACUCUACAACCACUCCACGACUACGGUGCAGGACAAAGAGGAGAGCGAGUAG